GCUAUCUGCGGCCGCAGCGCCGGUCCACGCGGCCUCGGGGUUAUUUCUGGCCGGGCUGCAGCACUGUGGUCUGGGCAGCGGACGCGCUGGGGCCUGGCAGGGGCGGGCGGCCUUAUCGCCCGGCUCUCCCGCUAACGCCUCGCGCUCCAGAGCCAGCCGUGCUGCCGUCCUCUCGCCAUGGGCUCCGGGCCGCGCGGGGCGCUGAGCUUACUGCUCCUGCUGCUGGCGCCGCCGGGCGGCCUGGCCGCGAGCUGCCCCGCGCCCUGUAGCUGCGCAGGGACGAUCGUGGACUGCGGGUGGCGCGGGCUGACGUGGGCCUCGCUGCCGGCCGCCUUCCCUCGGGGGACCACCGAACUGGUGCUGACGGGCAACAACCUGACGGCGCUACCGCCGGGGCUGCUGGACGCGCUGCCCGCGCUGCGCGCCGCGUACCUGAGCGCCAACCCCUGGCGCUGCGACUGCCACCUGGUGCCGCUGCACGCCUGGCUGGCCGGCCGCCGCGAGCGCGCGCCCUACCGCGACCUGCGCUGCGCCGAGCCCCCUGCGCUGCGCGGCCGCCUGCUGCCCUACCUGGCCGAGGACGAGCUGCGCGCCGCCUGCGCCCCGGGCCCGCUCUGCUGGGGGGCGCUGGCGGCGCAGUUCGCGCUGCUCGGGCUUGGGCUGCUGCACGCGCUACUGCUGGCGCUGCUGCUGUGCCGCCUGCGGAGGCUGCGCGCCCGCGCCCGCGCCGCGUACCGGCUGUCGCUGACCGCGCCGCUGGUGCCCGAGACCGCGGAAGCCGGCGCGUCCUGAGAGGAGCCAACUGGCGCUGAGCAACUCGGGCCUGCAGACUCGACGGGACCCUGCCGGAGAAGCCCCCGCCCCAACCUGGACCCGCCUCGGCCUCUGCCGCCGCCCACUCGCCUAGACCCGCGCGGGCCUGCAGGACCGGAUCCACGCGGACGGGACUGCCGCCCGGCCUGCCUCCUCGCAGGACAGGGCCCCGCGCCCCGCGCGCUUAGCAGGUGCAGUGGGGCGAAGGGCAGCUCCCUGGCGCCGAACCCCCUCCCAAACUCCGGUGCUGAAUAAACCGUUCUCCUACUGA